UAAAGUGCAAAAAAAGUGUUUAGAAUUACUUGGACAAUAGUAAUAUAGAACAUAGUGAUUAUUUGUUAAAAAAAACUAUUUAAAUCGUUCAUAGAGUUUGAAUCCUUUUUUGAAUCGUUUAGAAUUGGCAGCUCUGUUUUAGUUUUAUUGAAUUAUUUAUUUAUAAAAACAACUAAAACAGUUAACGAAACAAACUAUUGUGAAGAAUACUAUUACAAGAGAAUAGUAAAUCCAAAAAAAUUCGAAAAAAAAUAUUGCGAAACUUUCUUGAACAAAUUAUACAGUUAAAGUGAUUAUCAAUCUUUGCCGAUCGUAACUAUAACGUAAUGGUGUACAUAAAAUUAUUAUCAUGUUGUUUAAUGGCAAGUUUGAUAUUUGAUUUGGCAUUACAAUGCCUAAGUGAGGAUCCAAAAGUCUGUUUACCAGAUGCGGGCUGUUAUAUUGGCAAAACCAUGGAUGGUUAUCAAAUAGACAAAUUUGAGGCAUUUCUUGGCAUACCAUAUGCAUCUCCAGCUAACCGAUUUGAGCCAGCAAAUAAAUAUUUAAGCAAUGAAACCCACACAGUCAAGGAAGCUAAACCCGACUGUUUGCAAAAAAACUACUUAAUACCCAGUAAGCCGAUAAGUGGCAAUGAAGAUUGUUUGUAUUUGAAUCUGUAUAGACCUAUUUCAACGGACAAUAAAAGUAAUUUAACCGUUAUGGUCUAUAUAUAUGGCGGAGGGUUUUUUGCUGGAACAGCUAAUCCUAUUUUAACUGGUCCAGAAUAUAUUAUGGACCAUGGCGAUGUCAUACUAGUAACAUUUGGCUAUCGUUUGGGUGCAUUUGGUUUCCUAUCAACUGGUGACGAAGUACUACCCGGUAAUGUUGGCCUAAAAGAUCAAGUUAUGGCUUUAACUUGGGUGUCCGACAAUAUAGCUUACUUCGGUGGCGAUCGGCUUCGUGUUACGUUGUUUGGCCAAAGUGCGGGAGCAGUAUCGGCCCAUAUGCAUAUGUUGAGCAAAAUGUCUCAAAAUUUAUUCUAUGCCGUUAUAGCAAUAAGUGGAACAGCCAAUGUACCAUUCGGUAUUGAUGAAACACCCGAACAUACGUUUAGACAGACAGCUCGAUAUAGUAACAUAACCGAUUGGGAUACAUUGAAUACAACAGCAUUGGUAAAACUGUUGCAGGAUGCCAAAGCAAAUACAGUACUGGAUGCCGGAGAUCAUUUAAAAUAUUGGGAUGUCGAUAAUAUGGUCAACUAUAGACCAGUAAUAGAAAAACCUGGUAAUAAUUCUUUUCUAGACCAACAUCCCGAUGAAAUUUUACAGAGUGGUAAUUAUGAGGCAGUGCCCAUAAUGUUUGGUACCGUACCAAAUGAGGGUGGUGUACGGGUUGUGGCUAUUAUGGAAUCGGAUGACUUAAGGGAAAGGUUUAAUAAGAAUUUUUAUGAAUUGAUGGUGAAGUUUUUGGAAUUUCCAGCAAAAUUUAAUACUUCACAAAUUGACCAGAAAAUGGAUAUGAUAUUAAAGGAAUAUUUUAAGGGAGUUAAAAAAUUAAGUAAUGAAACUAAGAAGGGAUUUAUGGAUCUUGUUACAGAUCGUGGCUUCCAUCAACCUCUUUACAAUGCUUUCAAAAUGUUUGUGGAGAACAAACAGACAGAUGUUACACCCGCCUUUAUGUACAUAUUUAAUUAUCUCGGAACCUAUACAUAUGCCGAUCUAUAUGCCGGUCAUGCAACCUCACAUGAGUAUGGUGUAGUUCAUUGUGAUGAUCUCAUCUAUUUGUUAAAGUCGCCUCUUAUAUUUCCCAAUUUUGAGAAGAAUUCAACAGAAGCAAAUGUCCUUAAGAAUUAUGUAGAUGAUCUUGUCUAUUUUGCUCAUUCGAGACAACCCAAACCAUUUCAACCAUUUACACCGUGCAACAAGUCAUCAUUUUAUCCAGCAGAGGGGAAAAUAUGUCAAUAUCAAGAAUUUGUUAAUGGCGAUAAUGGUACUUUGGUUAUAAAACUGAAUGAUGAAUUUAAUACGAGACGUAUGAAGUUUUGGGAUAAUAUUUUUGACUCAAUAAAUCUGUUUCCAUUCUGCGCAGUAAUGGUCCACAUAAAAGUAUUAUCAUGUUGUUUAAUGGCAAGUGUGGUCAUUGAUUUAGUAUUACAAUGUCAAAGUAUUGAUGAUCCAAAAGUUUGUUUACCAUUUGGCGCGUGUUUUAUCGGCACAUUCCUGAAUGCCUAUCAACCAGACGAAUUUGAGGCAUUUCUUGGGGUACCAUAUGCAAUGCCACCUGAUCGAUUUGAACCAUCAGUUCCAUUUAAAGGCAAUGGAACGUAUUCGGCCAAGAAAGCUCAAUUUGAUUGUGCUCAAAAGAAUUACUUUGUACCGAAUUGGGGAGUAAGCGGAUCUGAGGAUUGUUUGUAUUUGAAUUUGUAUAGACCAAAGGGUUUAGAAUAUUAUUUGCCCGUCCUGGUGUAUAUAUAUGGAGGUGGGUUUUUUGCUGGAUCAUCUAGCCCGAUUUUUACCGGCCCCGAACAUCUAAUGGUCAAUAAUGACAUCAUACUUGUAACGUUUGGCUAUCGUGUGGGUGCAUUUGGUUUCCUAUCAACUGGUGACGACAUAGUUCCCGGAAAUUUAGGCUUAAAAGAUCAAGUUUUGGUCCUAAAUUGGGUGAAAAAUUAUAUAUCUUACUUCGGUGGCUCGGUAGAUCGUGUCACAUUGUUUGGCCAAAGUGCUGGAGCGGUAUCGGCCCAUAUGCACAUGUUUAGCAAACUAUCGCAGGAUCUAUUUUAUGGGAUUAUAGCAAUUAGUGGAACGGGCAAUGCACCAUUCGCUAUCGAUGAUAAUCCAGAGUAUACGGCUAGACAAACAGCCAAAUAUUGUAACAUAACAAAUUGGGAUACAAUUAGCACUUUGGCAUUGGUAAAAGCUCUGAAGAAAGUGCAUACGUAUGCAUUGCUUAAUGCCGGCGAUGGUUUAAAAUAUUGGGAUGUUGAUAAUUUGGUCAACUAUAGACCGGUCGUUGAACAAGCUAGUCCUACUGCAUUUUUAACCAAACAUCCCGAUGAGUAUUUACGUACUGGCAAUUAUAAGCCAGUGCCCAUAAUGUUUGGUCGAGUACCAAAUGAGGGUGGUGUUCGGGUUGUUGCUAUUUUAGAAUCCGAAAGAUUAACACGCCAGUUUAAUGAACAUUUCAAUGAUUAUAUGCUAAAAUUUCUGGAAUGGCCAUCGAAAUUCAAUAUUUCACAGAAGAUUGAGAAAACGGAAAAGGUUAUAGAUAAAUAUUUCGAUGGAAUACCAAUGCUAAUUAAUCGUACAAGGCAGGGAUUUAUGGAUCUUGUUACACAUCGUGCCUUUUAUCAUCCCCUUUACAAUUCGGUUAAAUACUAUGUCGAUAAAAUCGAUACAAAUAAAUUCCCUGUCUAUUUAUAUCAUUUCAAUUAUCUCGGUUCCUAUACAUAUGCCAAUGUUUAUGCCGGUCAUCCACCUGCGUAUGAGUACGGUGUAAUUCACUGUGAUGAUCUCAUCUAUUUGCUUAGAACGAGUCGUAUAUUUCCCGAUUUUAAUGCGACUUCAGUAGAAGCAGAUGUCGUUAAAAAGUAUGUGAAUGAUUUCACCUACUUUGCUCAUCUGAGAAGACCUAGAUUUCAUCAACCAUUUACACCGUGCAGCAAGGCAACAUUUUUUCCGGGCGAAGGAAAAAUGUGUGAUUAUAAUGAAUUUACUAACGGUGUGAAUGAUUCAUUGGUUAUAAAAGUAAAUAAUGUAUUUCCUACGGCCCACAUGAAGUUUUGGGAUGAUAUUUUGGAAUAACAUGUCAACAAAUAAAGAUUAUAAAAAUUCAU